CUUACUUAUCGUCAUCCCAGAAGUGAUCCCUCCCCAUCAGGUUUAAAGCAUAUUGGCUGAUGACAUGGAGGAAUCUUCACUCUGGCUGCUGCACCUGUACCUCAUCAGUGAAGAGAGGACCCUGGUUUCCAAGAAUGCCAGCUCAGCACCUUUCACCAGCACUGAUACAUGCACAGCUGUGUCUGAGGAUGCGGCAUAUUCACGUCGGGUGUCUUGUGGCAAUGACUUUCUUGUGGGUGGCAAACAGGAUGCAUGCUAAGAAAGGUGUCAAAUGUGGCGGAGUCCUCUCCGCACCAUAUGGCAACUUCUCCAGCCCUAAUUUCCCUGGACUUUACCCCUAUGACACCGAGUGCAUGUGGCUCAUAGUGGUCACAGAAGGAUCCUCAGCCCUGUUGACCUUUGACCACUUUGACCUGGAAUAUCACAACAGCUGUGACUACGACUACCUCAAAAUCUACAACGGCUUCUCCGAGGAUGAGGGGAAUCUCCUGGGAAAGUUCUGUGGCAAGAGUUCUCCUCCUCAGUUUACUUCUUCCUGGCAUGUCAUGUCCAUCAUCUUCCACUCAGAUAAGCACGUGGCCAGUCAAGGCUUUUCUGCAGCUUACCGGAAAGAUGUUUGUGGAGGAGUGCUCACAGGCCUUUCCGGCGUGAUAACAAGCCCCCAUUACCCUGAGAAUUACCCCAACAAUGCUGAAUGCCGCUGGAUCAUCCGGGCAGUGCCCAACUCCAUCAUCAAGCUGGUUUUUGCUGACUUUCAGAUGGAAAACAACGAGGGAUGCAAUUUUGAUUACGUGGCUGUCUAUGAUGGGCCCACGAUGGGGGACAUGCAUCUCAGCCACUACUGUGGGAAUAUGAAACCCCCUGAUAUCGUCUCUUCCACACACGAGCUCCUGGUGAUGUUCAAGUCAGACUUCAACAUAGGAGGUAGAGGCUUUAAGGCCUAUUUUUUCUCAGGCAAAUGCCAGGAAGUAUACACAGCCAUCAAAGGAAAUUUCUCCAGUCCUCAGUAUCCCAGCUUUUACCCCAACAAUAUCAAAUGUCAUUGGACCAUCCAGCUCCCCCCAGGAUACCGAAUCAAAGUCUUCUUCCUGGACUUGGCUCUGGAGGGGAGGAACAGCCUAACAGAUGGCUGUGAUUAUGACCAUCUGGCAGUAUUUGAUGGAGACACUGAGAAAGCUUCCCUCCUGGGGAAGUGGUGUGGGAGAGAGAUGCUCUCUCCCAUAACAUCCACUAGAAACAAACUGCUGUUGGUCCUCCACACGGACAGGAACACGGCCAACAGGGGGUUCUUGAUAGCAUAUAUUGGAGUUGUUCCCGUGAACGUCAGCUGCACGCGAACAGAUUUCCAGAUCCAAAUUCCUGUGCAGUCUCUUGCCCAGCUGGAGAGAAAUAAGAUUUAUUUAGGGACCCCGUCCUGUCCUGCCCAAGUGGUUGGCCUGAACUUUAAAAUACACACCAGGUUCGACACCUGCGGUAUUGAGUCCCAGAAAAGAAACCACACGUCUGUGAUUGUCAGUAUCCUGUAUAUCGACUUCUCGGCUGGGAGCCAGGAGGACAUUCAUGAAUAUGAAGUGCAGUGUGAGCCCAAGAGGAAAGAAGCCUCAGUAAAUCUUAUCUCGAGCUCUGACCCCUACCGGCUGACCCAGUAUGCUGAGAACCUGGUGGAGCCCCACGGGCAGCAUACGGAAGCAGUGGAGGCCUAUGAGAACAAGAGCCAGGACAGCAGUGACAUUGUCUUCAUUAGCAUCUGUAUUCUUGCUGGCAUCCUCAUGGUGAUUGCUGUGGUUGGACUAGUGCUGUUAUAGGAUGCUGCCUUCAGCCCAGUUCCUCCUCGCCUGCCCUCUGUCCCUGUCACAGACACACAUGUACAGCCAGUGUCCUUUCGUCCGAGAUCCUGGGCUUAGCUCAGCUUCCAUGUCCUGAAACAGAGGUUGGGUUCAACCUCCAUCUCCUCUCUGUUCUCUGGAGAAACUGGUAUAAUAGGCAAACAGUUCCUCUUCUCAGCUAUAUAUUUUUUUCUUCCCAUCUGUCAACUGGAUUUAGGAAUCUGAUUCUUGGGUUUCAUGACUCUUCCUACAACUGUUUCCAGUGGUGGGGCUACAGUAAGGGGUAUAAUAUUGUUUGCC